AUGGCUAUCGUGGGCUUUGAUGUGGGGUUUCAGAAUCGCUGUAUUGCUGUGGUCAAAAGCGGAGGAAUCGAGACCGUGUCCAAUGAAUUUACAGACAGGUGCACGCCAGCUGUUGUGUCAUUUAAUUCAAAGAACAGAAGCAUUGGUAAUGCUGCAAAAAACCAGAUGAUAACCAAUACUGCGAGCACAGUCUCUCAUUUUAAGAGACUGCAUGGCAGAUUGUUUCAGGAUCAUUCUGUGCAAGCAGAGAAGGCUAGUUUACCAUAUGACCUGGUACCACUAAAUGAUGGGAAGGUUGGAAUCAAGGUCAUGUACCUAGAGCACCAUUUCCGCAUUGAGCAGGUCACGGCUAUGUUGUUGACCAAACUGAAAGACAUUGCAGAAGCUAAUCUGCAGAAGAAAGUGAUGGAGUGUGUCAUCUCUAUCCCCUCAUUCUUCACUGAUUCAGAAAGGACGUCUGUGCUGGAUGCUGCCAAGAUUGCCAGCUUGAACUGCCUGAAGCUAAUGAAUGACAGCACUGCAGUGGCGUUAAUCUAUGGCAUAUACAAGAAAGAUCUUCCAGGCUGUGAUGAGAAUCCAAAAAUUGUGGCAUUUGUGGACAUGGGCCACUCAGCUCUCCAGGUGCUGUCGACCGCCUUUGAUCCUUAUUUGGGAGGGAAAGACUUUGAUCAGAAGCUGGUGGAAUACUUCUGUGCUGAAUAUAAGUCUAGGUACAAGAUGGAUGUGAAGUCCAAGGCUCGAGCUAUGUUGCGACUGACACAAGAAUGUGAGAAACUCAAAAAACUGAUGAGCAGCAACUCCACAGACAUUCUCCUCAACAUUGAGUGCUUUAUGGACGAUAAAGACGUAUGUGGGAAAAUGAGCAGGACCAUCAGGCGUUCUCUGAGCUUUUAAAUGGCACAGAGAACUGGCUGUACGAAGAGGGAGCAGAC